ACGAGUAAGAGUAAACCAAAAUCGGAGCGUCGAAAACCGGAACAUGGAUGGAUCUGACGAAGAUGAAGAUGUUAUGUUUGAGCACUCCCCCCUGUAUCAAAGCCUAAGAGAAGCUGGUUUGACAGAUGCUGAUGUACACGUGCAUAAAGAAACGCCUGUUCAGCAUGCAAGAACCAUUCACACAGAGGAUGUGCAUCAAAUAUGGAGGUCACCAUUGCUUUCCCUGAGGGGAUUGAUCAUGGCUGUCCUUGGACUAACAAUGCUGGCUGAGGACAUUGAGAGACUAACAAAUGUUAACAAAGCAGAGGUUUUUAAAUUGAUACUGCAGUCAAAGUUAAUGACAGAGGAGGAUAGAGACUGUCUGAGUACUUCUUUAUCUGUACCAGAUACUCCUACCUACAGACUCACUCUCAGGCCUAAAUUUUUGGUGACCCUUUCACUGCCCUGUCUCCUGGCUUACCUGUAUGGACGUGUGGUGUAUCCAGAGAUGCCAUGGAAAUACCGCAGCCUGACAGACGUGACAGCAGGUCUGUGUCUGUGUUACAUGGUAGCAGUGAUCUCAAGGUUGGCUGUCCUGUAUCGUCAUCAGUUAAGACUGUCCCGAGCCUCCCAGCAUGUUCACCAGCUUGUCAGCUGCUGUGAGGGAUUGUUGCGCUUUACUUCACGAGCCCUACGACUGGUCCAGGAGGCAGAACUUGUGGCCCGCGGAUUCACUCUUGUGAGUCAGCAGAGCCCAGUAAGCAGAUUGGAACAGAACAGUCUCCACAGCACACAGCGACAGUGUCCACGACUACGUGCCUGUCUCUUUCUCGCCGCAAGGAAAGCCAUGCUUGUUGCAAAAGAUAAGACCGUAGAGCUCAUCGACUUGUAUCCCCUGGGUGGGGACAUUGAUGGGGCCCUCAAUUACUUGGCCCAGGUACCUGUAGGGGAGUACGGCCCCUGUGUACAGACUGACGGGGAGGAUGAGGAAGGCAGGUCACACCUGUAUAACAUCACCGACGGAUUCUCUGUGGCCUCACUAAAGGGGAUCAAACAUUUAUGUGACCUACACAUAUCAGAGCUGUUCAGACGUUUGACUUUCACCCUGUGUUAUUCAGGUGAGGUGAGUCUGAGGCCGGAGACAACUGGAGUGGAGACCCUAAUGACUAGUAUCCACACCCCCAUGCUUGAGGAGAGACAAAGACUACAGCAGAUGUACAACUCUCACAGUUGUUUGAUUGAAGAGAAGGCAACACAGACCCCAAAGUACGCCCCUCCUAAUGAUGCCCACCCACUCAGGGAGACAUACAUGGCUGUCCACAGUCUUGACCUCCAUCUACAAGCAGCCUGGCUUAGAGUGCGGUCAUUGUCCUCUCUACUGGAGACCCACCUUGACCAAAGUGGUGGAAGUCCACUUGACGAUGGUGUUGGCAGUCACAAUGACCAGCUCAGAUUGGAUGAUGCCUACGAUAAGCUCCGCCUCCAAGUGAAACAUGAGUUGCAUGCUUGUAAGGCUUGUUGGGAGGAGGGGAUCAGUCGCCUGGAGAAACUGGAGAAAGUUAAGGCCAACCAACCAGUGGACCCAUUGAAGAGGGAUGUGUCUCCCCAGGAGGUCCAGUCAGACGGCCCGCCCAUCCCCUUGUUUGACAUGGGGGACCCUAUAAUAGAGGAUCAGGUGUUUGAAGCCUACAUCACUGAAGACCCUGUUGAAAGCUACUACAAUGAUUGGGAUGAAUUCAUAACACCCGAAGAAAAGGCUAAAAAGAAAAAAGAAAAACAAGAAGCUAUGAGGCUUCUAAUGGAGCUGAAAUCUGUCAUAUCUGUUCGUGCAACAGAACGGGAGAUACGAGAAAACAAGGCAUUGGAGAAAUCGAGAUCACAAAGUAAUGGAACAUUGUCUGGUAAUGGUGCAGAACCAUGUUCAUCUUCAGGAGAUGGAGCUUUACCUGAGGCGGUACCUAGGAAUGGGGAGGUAACUCAGUCUGCACAGACACCAGAGAACCAGGAAGUCCCUGUUAGUGUUCCGUGUAAGAGACAGUCUUGUGGUGAUUGUGACAGUAAUUCGGCAGACAAAUUAUGUAACUGUACAGAAUCAAGUCGUCUACAGACAUGUGGACACUUGAAAGACAGUCAUAGCACAGAGGAUUCUGUAAAUGAACAUAAGCAAACUUUAUGUGAUUAUCAGUUAAAAUCUGGCGGUUGUAAUCAAGAAGAAUAUGCUAGGAAAAGAACUAAAGAUUGUGUACGGAAUGGUUCAGUGGAGGAGAGCGAGGACUCUGAAGACAAACACUUCUCCACAAGAUAUAACCAACGGAAAGUGAGACUUCCAGAAUACACCGACUCGGAAUCUGAAGGAGAUGAAGAGCUUGUGAAGGAUUGGUGUGGUGUUAUCCAGUCAAAACGUGUUUCACAUACUACGGAGGAUGAAUCUGAUAUAUGUGACAAUGGCAAUGAUUCUAAUUACGGCCCUCCGUUGAUCAGGGACCAGGAAACAUUGGCGGAGAGAAUGGCUCGUCUGUCAGGAGCAAACAUGUCUUUCUCUGCAAAUCUAGCUGCCAUGGCUGCAGCAAGGUCCCGUGACAUGGGUCUGUCAGAAGCUACUUUUGGAGACGAGGACGACAGUGAUGAAGCUGAUGAUGCCACAGAGGACUAAGUGUUCAGAGCUUUCUCGUGAUGAAGGGACGUUGUGCAAUAUAUUUAUAGACUGAAGAAGUCAGGGCUCUGAAGCAUUCAUCUUUAGAGAUCUCAUAAUGUGUAUAUAUCUCAAAAGGAGAAAACCAGUUUAAAACGACAGAUAAAUUCUCCCUCUCCAGAAAAGUUGAAUUUAUUGAUACAAAAUAACCAGUAUUGAAGAUCUAAAUACACAAAACUAUGAAUAUGUAAUGCAUAGAAAAAUAAAAUUGACAUUUGCAGUAUUAUUACACUUAGAAUAAAGUAGACUUUCUAAUAUUGUUUUCUAAUUUUUUUUUAAUGCAUGUCACAUGAAGAUAAACUUCGAGAUAAUUAAAAAUGUUUGAGAGACUUAUAACUAUGGAUUUAAACUGGACUGUAACUGUCUCAUAAUCUCCAUUGUUCAUACAAUGCACCAGCUUGAUCAAUGUAACAUGAUAAGGGCAAUGUCCUGUUACUCAACUCUCUCUUAACAUCUUAGAUUGUUUUAUUGUGGAGGUGAAUCUCUCGACUGUCUGGCAGUUUUGUAUAAUCAGAGGCUCAUUUUAUACUUCUAAUUUAUUUAAAAUAAAAAAAUAAAAAUUUGAAACAAGACAA